GGGCUGGAAAACGACUUGUCGGUAGCCAGGUAUAAAUGAGAGCUCUUCGUACAGCAAGAAGAUCAUUGAAUUGUGUGGCAGGGAGAGGAGGGUUCUGUACAGGCAGGUGGGAGAGAAAAACAGAACAGGAGCACCCUGAAAUAAUCCUUUGUGCUGUACUAAGCUCAGAGUUCUUUACAAACGUUAACUGACACCCGGGGAGGUAGUUACCCUUAUCCCAUUUUACACAUGGCGAAACAGAAGAACAGAGAAGUUCGGUCACCUGUCUAAUUCCCACAGUGGCAGAGCUGGGAAUCCCUACUCCCAGGCCCCUGGGCCCCAUAUUCAAAUUAGGUUAUGUAAUUUGAGGAUUUGGUUUAGACGUUUGGUGUUUUUUUCCUUCCCCUUAAUUUAUUAUAUAGCAACAUAAGCAAAAGACUGUCCUCUCCAUGCAGCUGCCUGCAGAUGGUUCAGGUUUCCCUGUUACUCUUUUACCCACUUCCUCUUUCGUGGAGAAGUUUGCUGAAGGUGGAGAAAGUGCACCUGGCAGGUGGAGAUUUGCAGACGUCAUGUGCUGUGUGCUGUACCCCCUUCCUCCCAGCAGCCGCGCCCAUUGAAAGCGGAUGCUGAGCUCACGUUUCAGACCUUUCCUGUAAAACGACUUAGAAAAAGAAAUCAAAUCAAUGUCCUGCAUGAAGUGUCAGCCCGAAGGUUCCAGUUCUUAUUUUGAACCAGUCCAGCGUGCAGAUGGUGAUGCCUUAGGCUUAUGUGAGUCAAUAAGCAAGAAUUUUGUACACCAGCAGGUAGCUCAGGAUUUCAAUAGCUGCUUGGUUCCAAUUCAUAGGCUGUGAUGGAGGCUGGUGCCUCGAUUUACAUUAGGGGUAUUUAAACACCCAGAUGCAUAGGGCAAAGGGGAUGGCUUUGGGGGCUAGCCAAGCCUCCCACCAACGGACUGUACAACCUAAUAAAGCAAGUGACGCUAGUAACCCCGGAAUUGGUGCAAAAUCCAUGCCGGUGGUGGUGGUAUGUGUGCUUAGGUGUGUGAGGAGCCUUAAUCUGGAUAGUUAAAUGCUAUCUGAAAAGGAGGGAGAAUGGGAACUGCCUUGGGAGGGAGAGCAGAUAGCAGGGACUUAACCUGUGUUGCAAAGCCGGGAGUGCCAGGUGCCAGUGAGUGCUUUACACACCCGAGUCAUGGGUAGGUCCUGCAGCUACAUACCUCCAUUGGGGCCUCAGGUGAUAGCUAAUUGGACUGUGCUGUUAGGCGGGACGGGGAGGCCUCAGGACAGACCUCACUGUAUUUCCUGGCUUUAGCCCACCCAGCCUCCUUUUACUCUCAUAGUCUGCAUGGGGGGCAUCACGCUGUCCAGCCCAGAAGAAAGUGGAUCUGUUUGCUAACAGAGUCCAUUGAAGAAGGAGCCCCUUGCAUCACUUCCUGCUCAGCCUUUCCCGCUCCCUUGAGAGCAGAAGGACAGAAGCCUCCUUGAGCAGGAGGAAUGACUCAGGAAGGCUGUGCCAGGUUGGCAUCAGGGCGUUUAGAACUAAACUGUUGGCGCUUCAGAGCGGCCUGUGUGUGAGGGAAGGCUGGAGUGCGUUUCCGGCCGGCUUGCUGUACUAGACAGCACAGACAAGCAGCUAAUGUUUAUUCCUGGGCAAAAGAGGGUGGAUUUCCCCAUAGACUUAGUCAUUCCUGCCAGGUCAGAGACCUCCCCAGCUCCGGCUCUCUGGAACCUCUUUCCCUGCAGGGACCUAGCGGAGGGCAUACGAAGGACUAGGAAACGUGGAAGGUGAGGAUGGCAGAGAAAAUCCUUGUGACGGGUGGAGCUGGGUACAUCGGCAGCCACUGCGUCCUGGAGCUGGUGGAAGCCGGCUAUAUCCCUGUGGUGAUCGAUAAUUUCCACAAUGCCAUCCGAGGGGGAGAUACUCUUCCCGAAAGCCUGCAGCGCGUGCAGGAGAUUGUGGGCAAGAAGAUUCUUUUCCAGGAGCUGGAUAUCCUUGAUGAGGCAGCUCUGCGGGAGCUCUUUCAGAAGCACCGUUUUUCAGCUGUGAUGCACUUUGCGGGGCUGAAGGCCGUUGGGGAGUCCGUUCAGAAACCCCUGGAGUAUUACAAGGUGAACCUCACGGGGACCAUUCGACUGCUGGAGACAAUGAAAGCACACGGGGUGAGGGACAUUGUGUUCAGCAGCUCGGCCACAGUGUACGGAGACCCUGCCUACCUCCCGCUGGACGAGAACCACCCGGUUGGGGGCUGCACCAACCCCUACGGCAAAUCCAAGUACUUCAUUGAGGAGAUGAUCCGAGACCUGUGCAAGGCCGAGAAGGACUGGAAUGCCAUUCUCCUCCGGUAUUUCAAUCCCAUUGGAGCCCAUGAAUCAGGAAGAAUCGGAGAAGAUCCCCAGGGAAUCCCCAACAAUCUGAUGCCCUACGUUGCUCAAGUGGCAGUGGGGCGCCGGGAGUACCUGAGCGUGUUUGGGGACGAUUAUAAGACAGCUGACGGAACAGGUGUCAGGGAUUAUAUUCAUGUCGUGGAUCUAGCCAAAGGCCACAUCGCUGCUCUGAAGAAACUGAAAGAAAACUGUGGCUGCAAGAUCUACAACCUGGGCACAGGCAGUGGUUACUCUGUCCUGCAAAUGAUCAAAGCCAUGGAGAAAGCAUCAGGAAGAGAGAUAAAGUACAAGAUCACUGCACGGCGGGAGGGGGACAUCGCCGCCUGCUACGCUGACCCAGCCCUGGCCGAGCAGGAGCUGGGCUGGAAAGCUGCCUUCGGGCUGGACAAGAUGUGUGAAGAUUUGUGGCGGUGGCAGGUGCAGAAUCCCACAGGCUUCAGCAACAACUAGAGCGUCGGCCCCAGGGAGCAGCCAGGAUGGUGCCGGCCUGCCAGAGUCUUGGUCCCCGGGGAGCUCCAGUUGCUUUCUCUCCAGGGGGCCAGCCUGAGUCGUACUGGGCCAGUGAAAUUUUCCCACCUUUUAACCAGCAGCUGACUUUACUCAUGGCACGGGGCAGUCAAGAAACAGUCUAGGACCUGGCCUCUGGGGGAGGGAAGCCCCUGGCUCUACAGCAGCAGAGGGCUGAGCAGAACUUGCACAGCUUAAAACAUCGCAGCACGAUUCAGGGGAGUCCCUCCGAGAAGGAACAGACCCCCCCCAAGCCAUGCUGGGCUCUAGCACGGAGGGGCUUGCUCCUUCAGCUGCUGCUUCCCUCAUUGCAGAGAUGGGCACUGAGCACGGGCCCUUCCUUCUCACCUACCUCACAAGGACAGGACACCACACACACUCUGCAGCUUCCCAAGGGCCAGGCCAUCUCGUCAGCAUUUUCAUAUACACGAGCCCAUCCUGCCCCCGGGGUCCUAUUCCCCUGUGCGUGGGAACAUCUUCCCCACUCCUGGGGGGGUUUCCAUCUUCCACCUUCGGGGCUUGUGCACUGCCCUUUCCCUUCCCCCUGGAGCAGUUUGCUCCCUGCCUCAGUUCCCAUCACCCUUGCCUGGAAGGGACCAAAUGAGAUUUUUAUUGUGUCUGGCGACACAGGAGCCAGGGCUUGGUGCUUACGAGUCCGUUGUGUCAAACUGCGCUGAGCUAGCUCUGUGGCAUUCAAUGGCCGGGCGCAGCUUAGUCACUAACUCUUGUGGGACAGAGCGUGUACGUGACAGGAAAAUCGCCAGCCCUGCGUGGCUGCGGCAGCUACUUACUGACAGUCGGACUCACCGAAGCCUGCCUGGGGCAACGGGUUGUUUUCCUAGCUCCUGAAGCUUUUCUUUAUUACAGCGAACGCUGGGAGCGAGCGGGAACACAGGGGCCAGUCUGUUCCGCUCCCACUUCAUGCUACUGAAUGAUGCAUUGAGAGUUUGACUUGCCUCAGGGGCCAGCGCGAUUCAAACUGUUCCCGCCUUAGAGACGAGGUGGCACAGAGCUGCUGUGCCCCAGGAUCUCGUUGCAUUAAAGAGACCGGCUCAACGGCUUGGGCGAGGUUUAUGUUUUCUUUAAUCUCAUAUCCAAGGGUGUGGAACACAAACCCUCCCCAAGGAAGACAGAGAACUAAAAGCCAUUUUCAGGAAUGGACAGAAGCUUCUUUCUCUCUCCCCCUGAGGCCUCAGCAGCCCCCCAGCCCAGAGGAAGUUGCUGCUUACACAGGGAGAGAGCAGCUCCGUGGAAUGCUCUGAGAACAGGCCAGUACUUUCAACCAAACUGUACAUAAGAAUGAACAUGAGGCCAGGCCCCCAGCCAGCCAAGAUGCAGAAUGUUCCAAUUCACAGUCACAGAAUCAGGUAGAGCUGCCAGCCUUCAUUUAAACUCCAGCGAGCUGCAUUUCCCCCUGCCGCUGCCUCAGCCCAGGGAGGGGGCAGCUUUAAACAGACACAAGGAGGAGAAACAGAAGGGCUGUGUCCAAAAUGAGAAGAGCUAGUCCUGCCUCCUCCCACCCGCAGCUCCCCCAUGCAAGCAGCGACAUAAGUAAAUCUUUUAAAAAAUGGGUCCAACA